AUGUCAGGCUGCGAGGCAGCUGGCGUGGCGUCGACCGCCGUGGCGACAGUCGCGAUGCCUUCGCGAGAGAAUGGCGACGACAUGGGCGAAGACCCGAAGCGCUUCGACUUCGGGUUCGCCUUCAACAACGCCGACUUUGCCGAUCGCAUCGUGCAGCUUCGGAUUUGUCCCGACGAAGCUACAACCCCCCGUCGCUCCAGCAGCAGCGGAAGCUUCGGCGCUGCUUCCGGCGGCUCCCCGUACUCGUUUGAUGGCCGAGGGGGAGGGAGAGGCGCGAGCGGCGAGUUGUCGUUUCUAGCUGCUGUGAAUAGUAAUCCCCAAGCCGUACCGCUGGCAGCAGGUUUGGGACCGGACCAAGCGGCAGCUCUGACAAGAGGCUCGGCAGGAGGAGGAGCUAGCCUCGGCAGCCGCCCUCACAGCCCCUUCACCACCACCAGCGGUGCUGCUGCUUGUGCCACCGCUGCUGCUGCUCCUGCUGCUGCUGCCGCUGCUUCUGCUGCUGCUGCUGCUGCUUCUGCAGCUGCUGGUGGUGCUGGUGCAGGUGCGGUUGGCAGUGCUGCUAUUGCUGCUGCAGUGGUAGCAGCGGGGGUUGUGGGAGCAGCAACCAGAGCCCCCAGAUUCGGCAAUCUAGGAGCUUCAGGGCUUGCGCCUUUCGAGUCAAGCCAAAGGCCAGUAGGAGGGGCGGCGGUGGGGACAGGGACGUGUGGUGGAGUGGUGAAUUUGCAUUUGUCCUCGGUGGUGCUGGCAGCCAAGUCUGCCUUCUUCCGCACGCUCUUCACGUGUGGCUUUAAGGAGACCUGCCAGAACAACCCUGUCGUGCUCAAUGUCUCGCCAGAAGAGGAAGGCCCAGUGAUCGAUCUCCUUCGCUUCAUCUACACGGGCGACAUGGCGGAGGGCAGCAGCGACCCCGAGGACAUCAUCAAGAUGUAUCUAGUAGCCGAUAAGUUCGGCGUCGCCUCCUGCAUGAAGAUCUGCCUCGAGCGCCUCGUCAACCUCCCCAUGACCGUCCCCACCGCCUGCCUCUACCUCUCGCUCCCCGACUCCAUGCACUCGCAUAGAGGGGUCGCGCAGCUGCUGGAAGCUUCCCGGGGGUUUCUGGUGGCACAUUUUAGGGAUUUGGAGCGCGUGCACAAGGGGGACGAGUUUCUGGAGCUGCCGUUGGUGGGCGUGCAGACGCUGCUGGCGAGUGAUGAGCUGAACGUGCGGGACGAGUUGACAGCGUUUCAUGCAAUGGUGGAGUGGCUGAGACAUCAUCAUGAUGACCUGGACGACAGGAAGCGGGCAGCGGUGCGUCUAGCGGAGCACGUGCGCUUCCCUCUAAUGACAGGCGACGACCUCGAGGAUGUGGUGCUCAAGGCACCCGAGGUGGACAGCCCAGAGUGCCAGGCGCUGGUGAGGGAAGCAGCAUGGUUCCGGGCAUACAGCUUGGUGCGGCGGCUGAGGCUCAUGAACGAGACGGCUGCCACUCACAGGCGCUUCUGGCAGCGCCGGUGGAACCGCAACUCCGUGGGGCACGUGUACUUCGAUAUUCACCUGGAGAGGUUUCAGGCACUAGCAGUGGCAGCGACGGUGGAGUCUGCUACGUUUGGGAUCGGUGGGAAGCGGUUCUACCUGUCAGCGCGGCACGGGCGGCGUGAUGAUGGCACGGAGACACUUGACAUUCACCUGCACCUGGAGAACAGCCACAGCGUGCAGCCGGAGAUACAGGUGAGCUUCAUAUUCUAUGCCAAGAGGUGGCCGGAGGGCCAGUUUGACUACCUGCGGGACCGUGUGACCAAGGGGUUUGGGCGCAACGCGAGCAACUGGGGGUACAGCAACAUCCUGGGGCGGCCGUGGGCAGAUGUGGUGCAGGACGAGAGCAAGUACUUUAAGAACGGCGUCAUGUCCGUCUUUGCGGAGGUGCAAAUACUAGAAGACGCUGGUAGGGGGCCGGUGGUUGGGGGUUAA